AUUUGUAGGUUGGCAGAUAAAUCUAGGUUUGCCUAUGAUGGACUGAAACGCCAAAGGUUGGUAACCCCAAUGAUUAGAAAUAAUAACGGAGAAUUGAAACCUGUUGACUGGGAAAAUGCACUUUUGACAGUUGCCAAAGUUGUCAAAAAUGCAGGCGACAAAAUUGGGGCUGUUGCUGGAGGAUUUGCCGAUGCUGAGGUGCUCGUGGCUGUGAAAGACCUUCUCAAUAGACUGGGAUCUGAAGCCCUCUGUACUGAGCACACUUUUCCGUUAGAUGGUUCAGGAACGGAUCUCAGAUCCAGCUACUUGUUGAACAACAAAAUUGCCGGGGCUGAAGAAGCUGAUUUGGUGCUCUUGGUUGGAACGAAUCCCAGAUUUGAAGCCCCCCUGUUGAAUUCGAGACUCAGGAAGGGCUGGGUUCACAAUGAGCUUGAGGUCGCAUCUAUCGGCCCUAAAAUUGAUUUGACAUAUGCCCACGAGCAUUUAGGAGACGAUCCCAAAAUACUCCAACAGAUCUUGAGUGGUCGGCAUGAAUUCAGUAAAAAAUUGAAAGCUGCCAAGAAGCCUCUGAUAAUAGUAGGUUCAGAAAGUUUAGAGAGACCUGAUGGUGCUGCAAUACUAUCGGCGGUGCAAUCUUUAGCUUCUGCUACGGUACCAGAGGACAAAAACUGGAAGGUCUUGAAUAUAUUACACAAGAUUGCAAGCCAGGUGGCAGCUUUGGACAUUGGUUAUACUCCAGGUGUUGAUAAAAUUAGGGAGGGAAACCUGAAGGUUCUGUUCCUGUUAGGUGCUGAUGAUGGGGCAAUUGAAAAAUCGGAUUUGCCUAAAGACUGUUUUGUGAUUUAUCAAGGUCAUCAUGGAGAUCAAGGAGCUGCCAUUGCAGAUGCAAUCCUUCCUGGAGCCGCUUACACCGAAAAACAGGGUACAUACGUCAACACUGAAGGAAGAGCUCAACAGACAUUAGUCGCCGUAUCGCCUCCUGGUAGAGCAAGGGAGGAUUGGAAAAUUAUCAGAGCUCUAUCCGAAAUAGUUGGAGCUAAACUACCAUAUGAUAAAUUGAAAAGCGCAACACGUGCAUUCAGCAAUACGGAGAAAUUUCCAAACGAGACAGUACAGUUUUAG